AUUUUAUUCGACAGAGUAUUCCUCCACAGCUCUUCACAGUCUCAAUUAGCCCUGCAGGGUCUUUGCCUUUCGCACAGUCCAUGUCCCUUUAGUCGGGCCCAUCGCGUCCCUCGGCUACCCCAAGUCCUUAGCGCCCUUCUACGGUUCAACAGUUCAACAGCUCUCUCAGAGGCUCUGCAUUCUGGCCUGGACUCUGGUCUCUGGACUAUUCGGGACUACUUGGGCCUCGAAGACUUCUUCACUUGGUAACCCCGACCCUCCUAGCAACUGCUCCCACUCUCUGCUUAGUCUCGACCGCUCGAACCCCACAAGACCACUGGCCCUCCCUCCCUCCCUAUGCCUAUGCGACUCUUCCCCCACACUUCGCGGGCGGUGUAGUACCAAGAUACUCCAUCCGCAAAUCUUCCCUCUCCCGAGUCCGCGACCCUGGGAGCCUCCCAAGCGCAUACGGCGCCUUCCAGCAUUGUCCGGCAUCAUCCGCCACAUGUUCCCACUAUGCCUCCCAAGCGCAACGCAUCUGAUGAUUCCAACGGCGCUCCCACAAAGCAGAUCAAAACCGAGCAUCCCGAGGAGUUCUCAAAUGUCGUGAAGAAGAAGUUGCAAUCCUCGUCGAGGACCGGCCAGGCUUGCGACCGCUGCAAGGUCCGUAAAAUUCGAUGCGAUGGACUACCGGGGGGAUGCUCGCCUUGCUUGCAGAACAACACAGAAUGCCGGACUACCGAUCGAAUUACUGGCCGCGCUACAUCGCGGGGUUAUGUGGAGGGACUUGAACAACAGAACCGGGAUAUGCAACAGAGGAUUCAAGAGUUGGAACAGCGGCUGAUGCAAGGUGGACUCGAUGUCAAACCCUCAAAUGGCUACCACGAUCCGACUGCCCCGAGCUAUGAAUAUAACCCGUUAUCCUCGAAUGCGCAAGCGCAGUCUUGGAAUGCUUCUACCUCAUCCUAUACGGCGCAGCCUGGAGAUGCCAUGGGCACACAGCAACAGGAGACAAACUUGUUUCGUGCGUUGCCAACUUUUCGCGCCGGGUCUAUAAAUGACAGCUACCUUGGCGUGUCUCCUGGCAACUCCAAUCUCAGCUCAAUCAAAGGCACUGCCCUCUCUAUCCUUGGGAUGGAGAUUGAUAUCGCGGAUUUUGACUCGCCGGAUAUGGAUGAGCCAGAUCCUUCGGUCUUCCAUCCCCAGCUGUACAACAAAUCAUACCAGGCUUUCAUCCAGUCCGCUAUGAACGUAAACCCAAGGAUUGAGAAGGUGGACUUGCCAGAUAGAGCUGAUGGCUUGACUUACGCUGAAUGGUACUUUCGUGUUCUCGGCCCAUAUCUCCCUGUCCUCCACAAACCAACGUUCUUCAAACUUCUACUUCGCAUUUACGACGAUCCAACUUUCCGCCCUACUACGGCCGAGACGGUCAUGGUCCACAUGAUGUUUGCCAUAAUGUUCUUCCAGUAUUCAGUUCGGAAUUGGGAAGAUGCAACUCAGCGAACAAGCCUCAACAACCAGUCUAAUAUGCACUACCACUAUUCUCUCAGCAUGCUCUACCAGCUCGCCCGUAGUCACACGUUCCAAGAUGUUCAGGCAAUGACCCUUAUUUGUGCGCAUCUUCGAAAUUUCCCAAAGCCCGGUGCAAGCUGGAUGUUAACCCAGGUGACGCUCUCAUUGGCCAUCGAGCACGGUCUUCAUCGAUCAUCUAAGAGAUGGGCUCCUGAAAUUACCAUGAACCCUCUUGAAGUUGAGAUGCGUAAGCGCACAUUCUGGGGUUUACUCGCUAUUCACAUCACGCUUAGUGGUAAACUUGGCCGGCCAAUGAUGUUUGGGCUGCAGGACUUUGAUGUUGAGUUCCCAGAGCCCGUCGACGACGAGCUACUCUCUGAAAAGGGACUGGACACCUCCCGGCCUGGCAAAUGCCGUCACAACAUUGGCUUGGCCGCGUUUAGAAUCUUGCCGCUAUUCAUUGAGAUGUAUGACACAGUUUAUGCGGUUCGGCGCAAUCCAGAGACUUACGUUUCGACUGUGAAUAGUCUGGAGGCAAAGCUGCGUGCUUGGCAGGAUGAACUGCCAGCUGACCUUGUCAAUGGAGAGGCAGGCGACAAUGAGAACCGGGUCUUUCCACUAUAUGCCCAAAUAUGGGCGUAUGAAUUCCGCCUACUUCUUCGGCACCCGUCUAUGUCUGUGACCUCAGAUGCCAAUUUUAACAAGGAGAGCACGAGAAUUUGUAUCGAGACCUCUCGCCAAAUGCUUGGUGUCGUACGACAACUUCAGAAGUACAAGAGUCUUGAUACGACUUGGUAUAAUGCUGCUGUUUAUGUGAUGGCGAUUACUACGAGCCUGUUCGCUCAGUGGACCAAGCGAAGUGAAAUAACAGCGGCUGACUUUACAGCACUAAGAGAAGAUAUGGAUAUCUGGUUGGAUAUCAUGGGUGACGUUGGAAAUUUGCUAGGCUCUGGAACACGUCUGAAGGAAGCAGUUCGAGUCGUCGUAGAUUGCACACUGGGCCUCCUCAACCGUAGCCUUCCGCAAAACAAAUCCUCUUCCUACACAAAUACCGUAGAAGACAACAAACUUCCAAAACAACAAUCAGUACCCCAUUCCAACCAAAUCAACUUUUCUGGGCCAUCACAAAAUUACAGCUAUAAUAAUGACACGGCGCCCAAUGGAGAGAAUGCACCUUCGAUUUAUAAUCCACCCGACGGGCAACUUCCCCACCAGCAAACUCCAUAUCCAGCAGCUACCCAGUACUCCACCUAUCCUGAUCCAGCUACGAAUUCAUCAAACUUGACCUACACAUCCGACGACAAUUUCUCUGGCUACCCUGCGACCACCGAUGCAGUCGAAGCACCCCUUCUUGCCGCCUUCGCUGCGCAGGCCUCGCAAGUUGCCCCUGCAUGGCGUUCUACUCCAGCAUCCCUUCCAGCAAAUUCAGGCUCACAUGCCUGGCAGCAAUGGACAUCGACAAUGGCGGGUAAUACAAAUACGGGGAAUCUCGAACCUCAGGAUUGCUAUUCAGCUAAUGCGCUGAUGCAGCUAGGCGGCCGGGAGAUUGGUAAUGGAAAUCCAGAGAAUACAACGACGAGUGCGAGCAUGACGGAUAUGAGCGCCAGCGCGGGAUUGGAGCAUGGUCAUCUGCCCAGUUCGGCCAAUGGUGGAAUGACCGCUGAAUGGCCGUUGAACAUUUUUAGUGUUGGUCAAGGAUCGUGAGUACCAACAAGGGGUUUGGAGUUUUGAGGAUAACAUUAGGCAUGGCACGUAUGGGUGAUAAAGGAAGCUUGGAAGAAGUUUGUACGAUUAUCAAACGAUGGAGUUGCUUUUUACAACCGGGGAGUCCUGGCGUUAGGGUGGCUGAGAUAACUUAUCUGACUUCUAGAUAACUUAUUAUACUGUGUAGCAUAUUGCACCUCGUCAGUACCAAAUUCAACAAGAGUAAAUCAUGGCUUGUUGUGAGUCGAUCGAAUCUGUAUCUCGAGGGGAAAGCCAGGAGGGC